AUGACUAAGGGAACGACAUCGUUCGGUAAGCGUCAUAACAAAUCCCAUACGCAAUGCAGGAGAUGUGGUAAGAAAUCCUAUCACAUUCAGAAAAAAACUUGCGCCUCCUGCGGCUAUCCUAGUGCCAAAAUGAGGAAAUACAAUUGGUCUGCAAAGGCAUUAAGGCGCAGGACUACUGGAACAGGUCGCUGUCUUCACUUGAAGUCCGUUCAAAGAAGGUUUAAGAAUGGUUUCCGUUCCGGUCAAGCUAAGCCUAGGGCCAAGCCUGUUAAGACCGCAUAA